UCUAUCAUAGGCGGCUCAAGCUCCAUGUUAAAGCAAGUCAAAGCAGUGCAAAGCACAGAUACACCAAAACAAUCAACAAUCCCUCCACGUCGACCUGAAAUUCCACUCAACUGCUCGGCCGGGAACUUGACACGGACAUGCCCGGCAAGCUUUCCGACGUCAUUUGACGAUAACAAGAAUGCAACUUCUUCUUCUUCAGAGUGUCCGGAAUAUUUCAGGUGGAUCCACGAGGAUCUAAAGCCAUGGAAGGAUAAGGGUAUAACAAGGGAGAUGGUGGAGAAAGCGAGGAAGACAGCAAAAUUUAGGCUUGUGAUUGUGAAUGGGAAGGUUUACGUUAAGAAAUACAGCGAUGCAAUUCAAACAAGGGAUGAGAUAACGUUGUGGGGUAUUCUACAGCUGUUGAGAAGGUAUCCUGGGAGGUUACCGGACUUGGACCUCAUGUUUGACUGUGAUGACAGACCUCUCGUUCAAGAACGCUACUAUAGGGGUCCCAAUGCAACGUCACCACCUCCACUCUUCCGUUAUUGUGGGGACCACUGGACCCUCGAUAUUGUCUUCCCUGAUUGGUCCUUUUGGGGUUGGCACGAGAUCAACAUAAAACCAUGGGAAACAAUUCUCAAGGAAUUGAAAGAAGGAAAUGAGAGGACCAAAUGGAUUGACAGGGAACCUUACGCAUAUUGGAAAGGGAAUCCAUUUGUGGCUCCCACAAGGCAAGACCUCUUGAAUUGCAACGUAUCCGAGAAACAAGACUGGAAUGCUCGUCUCUAUAUACAGGAUUGGAUCGGUGAAUCUCAAAAAGGUUACAAGCAAUCAAGUUUAGCUGAUCAAUGCACUCACAGAUAUAAGAUUUACAUUGAAGGAUGGGCUUGGUCUGUUAGCGAGAAAUACAUCUUAGCUUGUGAUUCUCUUACUCUGAUGGUAAGACCUAGAUUCUACACGUUUUUCUCAAGAGGUAUGCUUCCCAUGCGUCACUACUGGCCAAUAAAGGACGGCGACAAAUGCAGAUCUCUUAAGUUUGCCGUGGAAUGGAGUAACAAUCACACCGAAGAGGCAGAAGCCAUUGGGAAGGCAGCGAGCAACUUCAUACAAGAUGAGAUGAAGAUGGAAUAUGUGUAUGAUUACAUGUUUCAUCUAUUGAAUGAAUACGCAAAGCUCCUCAGAUACAGACCUACUGUACCUGAAGAUGCCAUGGAAUUAUGUUCAGAGACGUUGGCAUGUCCAGCAACAGGUAGAGAGAAGACGUUCAUGAUGGAAUCCAUGGUUAAGUUUCCAGCAGAGACAAGUCCAUGCACGAUGACGCCUCCUUUUGAUUCUCAAGAGCUUCAAGCCUACUAUAAGGGAAAGUACGGUUCAAUAAAUCAAGUACAGAGAUGGGAGAAGAGAUACUGGGAAAGUCAAAAUAAACAAAUUUAGAGAGGUUUCCCCCUACAUACGAGGUAAAAUUGCUGGUCA